AUCAUUUCAACCUUCUUUGAAUCUCGUUCUCUCCCCAAAACCCUCCAAUCCCUUCUCUUCUUCUCCCAAAUCCCAAUGGCCCGUACCAAGCAAACCGCCCGGAAGUCCACCGGAGGAAAAGCUCCACGCAAGCAGCUGGCCACCAAGGCCGCCCGAAAGUCUGCUCCGGCGACCGGAGGAGUGAAGAAGCCCCACCGUUUCAGGCCCGGAACCGUGGCUCUCAGAGAGAUCAGGAAGUACCAAAAGAGCACUGAGCUUCUGAUCCGCAAGCUUCCCUUCCAGAGGCUUGUGAGGGAGAUUGCUCAGGAUUUCAAGACGGAUCUUCGUUUCCAGAGCAGCGCCGUGGCGGCGCUUCAGGAGGCGGCGGAGGCAUACUUGGUGGGUCUGUUUGAGGACACUAACCUGUGUGCGAUUCAUGCCAAGAGGGUGACCAUUAUGCCCAAGGACAUUCAACUUGCCAGGAGGAUUAGGGGCGAGAGGGCUUGAGAGAGAUCUGAUGGCAAUUUGGGAAGUGAUUAAUAUCUAGAUGUAGAUUUUGGGUUUCAAUUCUCAGGUUUUGGUUUUCCCAGAUCUGGAAUUGGGUUGUUUUAUCUUUGUAAUUUGCUAAUGGAAAUCAAAUGGGUAUUUGGAUUUAUGUUGAU